GUGCAAAGAAAAUAGUCUUCCCAUUGAAGUAAAGUUUGGUUGAAGGUGGAGAUUUUGAGUGUGAAAGAGGCCAACGUCUCUCUCUCUCUCUCUCUCUCUCUCUCUCCAUCAUUCAACCAAAAGAAAAUUAUAAAUCCCACAAAAGGUGAAAGAACCCAAAGGAAGGAAAAAGUAAAUUAAAUUCUGGCUGGAAGGGAGGCGAGCUGGGGGAGCUGCAGAGAAGAACCAGAUUCAAAGUUGUAAAGGGAGAAAAGUAAUUAAAAGAAAAACAUAAACAAACCAAAAUUUUCUAAACAAAUGAAGGAGGUUUCAAGCAUAUGGUAUUGGAAGGGGGAGGUGGGCUAGAGAGAGAGUGAGAGAGACAAAGAAAGAACAGCUACCUCAUCUCUCCUCUGCUUCCUGUCCUUUUGCUUGUAGCAGCUUUCUGGAAAUGCUUUAGAAAUUUUCGUGAGUGGGAAACAGUAAUGCGAGAUAUAUGGGAAAGAAAGGUAGUUGGUUUUCCGCAAUCAAGAGGGUCUUUAUACCCAGCUCCAAAGAGAAGCUAGUCAAUGGAGCAGAGAAGAAAAGCAGAAAAGAAAAAAAGAAGGGGCUAGGAAAACUAAGGAGUGGAGAUGCCACUUCAUUCAUUCCCCGGUUCAGAGAGCCAAGCAGUAUUGAAAAAAUUCUGGGGGAUGCAGAAAGAGAGCAGCAGAAAAAUAUCAUAAAGCCUCCCACACCUUCGGAGCAGCGACCAAAAACGCCACCUUCUGUGCAGCUGCUAGCACAACCUUCUUUGCCUCCGAGGGCUGCCUCUCCAAGGGCUGCCUCUCCAAGAGCUGCCUCUCCAAGGGCUGCCUCUCCUAGGAUUGCCUCUCCUAAGGUUACUUCACCUAGGGGGGUUCAUCACCAUAAGGAGAUUAGCUAUAGACCGUCCCCAACUCUUUGGAAUCACCAUGUUGCAGCUAUCAGAAUCCAAGCAGCCUAUAGAGGUUAUGCGGCUAGGAGGAGCUUUAGGGCUCUUAGGGGCCUUGUGAGGCUCCAAGAAGUGGUCAGAGGAAAUAAUGUGAAGCGCCAGACGAUGAAUGCCAUGAAAUACAUGCAACUAUUAGUGCGGGUUCAAUCUCAGAUUCGGUCACGGAGGAUACAGAUGUUAGAGAACCAGGCCCUUCAACACCAUGCUCUAGGCAAGAACGAUAAGGAAGUGGAGAGUAGCUUGAGCAAAUGGACCUUGAGUCAGACAUCUGAGGCAGGUAACCAGGAAGAAUGGGACGAUAGCUUGCUAACAAAGGAGGAAAUUGAGGCCAGAUUGCAGAAAAAGGUGGAAGCAGUCAUGAAGAGAGAAAGAGCCAUGUCCUAUGCAUAUUCACACCAGCUAUGGAAAGCCACUCCUAAAUCAGCACAAACCAGUCUAAUGGACAUCCGAUCUGGAGGCUUUCCCUGGUGGUGGAACUGGCUAGAACGGCAGCUUCCUCCGGCAAAUACUCCUGAAACUCAACCGACAAAGAACAUCCAGAUGACACCUUCAAGGCCAAACAUGGAGCACAAGCCAAGCCCAAGCCCACGACUUCAUGCAAGCAGCAACUACAAGCAACAAAGCUUUGGAUUUGACAAUCUUGAGUCACCAACGCCAAGGUCCUCAAGAUCACCACUACCUACUAGAAUGAAAAUGGCGCAGACACCCUCACCCUUUAACCGAAUUCCACACAUACAAAGCCCAAGUCUGCAGAGAUUCUCAAAGCCAAGAACAAGUGCAGCAGACUCUAACUUUGAUGCACCAUUGAAGGACGACGAUAGCCUCACGAGCUGCCCACCAUUUCCAGUUCCAAACUACAUGUCUCCAACUGCAUCGGCUAGAGCCAAAGCGAGAGCUUACCCUAGUCACAAAUUGCCAAGUCCAAGUGAUGACCAGAAGAGAAGGCUCUCAUUCCCUUUGACUCCCUCUAAGUGGAGCAAAGGGUCAUUGUUCAAGGAUUCUCCCUCUCACAAGAUGUUAGACAAGCACCAGUCUGCGCAGUCUGUUGGGAAUCUUAGCGUGGAUUCCACUACUUCUUUGCCUGCUGGAUUGGGCAGGAAGCCAUUCAACCGGUUUGUGUGAUUUCCCCCCCUUAGUUUCUUUCUUUUCAUUAACCUUCUGUUUUGUUUUUGGUGUUUACUUUAAAAUGAGUGUAUGGUUAUAUGUAUGGAAUUACAAAAUGCUGAUGUAUAAUAAUAAGUACACAAUAGGAAAUGAUUCUCUGAUUGUAAGAAGAUUUGGGUUUUGGGAGAUAUAUUGCAUUUUUUCACCA